GGCCGGUCAGUCGUUAGCGGGGGUUCGGCUCGCGCCCAGGUAGCUAUACUGGGGCUCUGCAGAACAGUGGGAGUUAGGAGUCGUGACAUUCAACAGUGCAUAUACCUUUAGGGACUGGUAGGAAGGCUUAGUUUGCACUGAACGUUGUAAAGUCUGAAAAUCUAGUUGGUGAGUGAUCGUUAAUAAAACAUAUUGCAUACUCAAGACUGUUGUAGCAGGUGGACGAUAUAUCUUUUUAGAUAAUUCGCAUACAGUAUCCCAGUCAUGGCGAUCACGAAGGCGACUCGCCGGCCCUCUCAGAAUCAGAGCCCCCGCACCAAGGGCAAGGGCAAGGGCAGUAACACAAGCAGCGGCAGCAGCGGAGGAAACCUCUACACACACUCCAGUCCGCCCAAAGUGCUGCCGAUGAACUCCUCCAACAUCCGCCAGUGGCUGAAGGCAGGGGACCUGGAGAAGCUGGAGGACGUCAUUAUCGACGGACAGGGUCAGAAGCUGCUCAAGGAGUCGUCGGCAGACGACAAGACCAGGGCGUUCCUUCGAUCGGUGCCCGACAGAAUUUCCAAGAUGGACGCCAUUCACAAGGUGGUGGAGGAGGGUGACCUGCGUCAGACCAAGAACCUGCUGGACCGCCGCAAAUACGCCAUGUCGCGAGACAAGAACGGUGUCAGCCUGCUGCAUAAAGCUGUGAUGAACGGACGAACAGAGGUCGCCGAGUACCUCGCCUCCAACUACCCGGAGAUCCUCAACCUCACGGACGCCGAGACGGCUGUGGUCACUCUGCGUCGCAGCCGGCGGCCCGAGAGGCAGAUGGCCGCCUACCAGAGACACCUGCUGCGCAUGCAGAAACGACGCAGCAGCGUGGCGGCCGCCGGCGUGGAAGCUGCUGCCGCAGCCGUCGCUGCUGCCAAUGCUGAGGGUGGUCCUGAUGGUGCGGUUGGAGGAGAGGGUGCCACGGGGACGAUUACACCUCAGACACCGGCGGUGCACAAGCAGCCCGGUCAUAAUGCUCGUCCGAAGGUGGUAUCACACUGGGUGAAAAUGCCGGGAGAGGAGGAGAAGGCGGGAGAAGAGAAGGCAGACAAAGACAAGAAAGAAGAGGGAGGGAAGAAGGAGAAGAGAAAAGGAACCGCAAAACGGGUACCCACAAGCAAGGGCAAAAAAGGUGACGCUUCGAAGAAUGAAAAUGAGAACAGUAAAGAAAAGAAAAAGAAAAAGAAGCCAAAGAAGAAAGUCAGAAUGAGUGACGACGCUCCUGAAGUUGUGAACGCUGAGAAGACCCCAGCCUCCAAGUCCAAGUGGGCCGGCAUCCACGCGGCUCUGCGGCUCUGGCACCGGGAGCCGGUGCCGCAGGACCAGCUGGAGUCUGUGCCCGUCUCCGGGCCGGGCGGCGAGGAGCGCCACGUCACUCUGCGCCGGCCACCUCCACUCACAGUGGCCUUCGAGGGCCUGCCGAAGGACGCCGAGCUGCCGUCCAAGACAGCGGCCAGGGCGGACGAGUGGCGGGCGCUGGCGCACGCCUCGGCCGUGGGGCCGGCGCAGUCUGCCCAGCUGGUGGCCUCUCUGCUGUCCGAAGUGGUGGACGAGGAGUCGGCCGAGAUCCUGCAGGACGAGCUGACGGACGAGCUCGCCAGGAGGCUGGUGGAGAGGGUGCUGGACAGGGCGCAGCUGGUCGCCUACAACCGAUACGAACACGCCGAGGCGGUCAAACAUAUCUUUCUCAGUAACAUGGGGAACAUUGUGCCGGUCGAGCAGAAGAAGUAAACAAGCGAAAGUGAAUGCGCCUAUAAGACGUCAGCGCUUGGAGAAUGGCGCCAACGGCGCAUGUUAUCCACAAACAGCCGGUCAGUUGGACCGCCUUUCAAUGCAUAUUAUAUAUUUAUGGAACAGCCAUUGCGUCAUAAGAGCUUACACGAAGGUGUGGAACUGAGAAAACCUCAUUUAGGACACAUAACAUAUUUGGAUUUGUUUAGAAUCUCAAAUCCGAAUAGUUAUAUUGAUAGAUGUCCUAUUCUAAACUGAGCUCGUUAUGGUCCGUCGAGGUUGAGACAGCAUUUAUCGAUACAUAUUUGCAAACUCCGUCCGAUAUACCUGUAUAUUUCCAUACAGACGAACCUGAGGAAAGAUUAUUUUCAAAUAAGUGAGCAAAUAUUAUUGCACAUUGAUACCAAUGCUAGGGCAGCUAGAUGUUACAUGGAGUCCCUCGAUGAAAGCUUUAUGAGGUCGUGCAUUAAAAGACACAUGCAGGCAAGUGUGAAAGUAUGUGAUCUUUGUAUUGCUGAUUAGCCGAUUGCUUGCUUGCAUCUCUAUUUAUUCCGAGACAUUCAUUACCACCAAAUGCUUGCUUAAAUGCUUAUUUUUGCUCGCUGUUGGUGAAAAAUAGACUCUAUAGGCUUUUUCUAAAAGAAGCGUCGAGUUAGCUUACACGAGGACAUCGUUUACUCGUUAACACAGGGUAUGCUUUAGCAAGAC